AUCAAUGGCGUGACAUAGCAUACUUAAAACUUGAAGAUCAUUAGUGUAGACAGUAUUGAAUUUAACUGUAUUAAAAAUAGUUACAUUAACCUGGAUCUUAUAAUGUUGUGUUUCAUUAUAAUCAAAUAAUCGCGUAUUUAAAAAAAAAAUUAUUUCUUGAUAAGUAUAAUAACAUUAUUUUUAAUUUGAAAAAUAAUAUACUCUUUAGACACUGUAAAAUACAAUUUCUCUGCUAACUACUGUAUUAUUAGAUUUUCUUAAUACGGCAGCCAUAAAACAUUUUAAUUUAAAGAAUUGUUGAAGUAACAAAAAAUGAAACAAUCAUGUGAUAUAAUUACAAUAAAAUUAAAAUGAUAAUGUAUAUAAUAUAUAAUAAGUAGUUAAAUACAUUAUGAAUGAUAGAUUAAAUAUAAAAUAUGCUAUUAUAAUCUUUGAUGAAAAAUGUAAAGAAGAAUAAAUAAACCUAAAUAUGGGUAGUAGAGGAAUUGGGGAUAUUCCAACAAUAUUUCAUCCCCAGCAGACUUACACACCAAAUAUUAUUCUUGGUGAUAAUCAGCAGAAUCAUGGCUCUCAUAAUACUGGUCAAGUUACUCAUGACAAUUCUGGCUGUGAACAGCAACAGGGAUGUAGCGUUAGUGGUGGUUGUGGUGAUUCCGUACCAAGUUGUCGUUCCUUGGAGACAAGUGGUAGCGGAAUCGCUUCUGGGGGAACCGAUAAUCAAGGGCACAAUACGAGUCAAACUCAAGUUCAAUCCCAUGUGACAGUAUCGCCAGUUACUUAUCAACAAAGAUCCAAUUCUCUAUCCGCUUGUUACGCAUCUUGUUGUGCCGAAUCUGCGAAAAAGAUAUAUUUUGGGGUGUGCGUUACAAUAUGUGUUACAGCAAGUUGGGUCGGUGCAACACAUUGUAUUAAAUAUUUAUAUUUUCACAAACACGAAAUUUCUACUUAUUCACCGUUUUCUAACUCGUCUAUUACAGGACAUCACCAGCAUGCGAUUCCAUAUAAUGCUCCAUUCUUUACAACUUGGUUUUGUACAAAUUGGGAAAUUCUUUACUUCCCAGUUUAUUUUCUUUGCCAAUCUGCAAGAAUUAAAUGUAAUAGUCCAUCCGAAAUAAUUGCAGAAAGUUUACGAGGUUUUCGUGACAAAGGAUUUACCGGUGGUCGUUUCUUAAUUAGAUGUAGUCUUUUUUGUGGACUUUGGGUAGUUACAAAUUAUAUGUAUAUUUAUUCGCUUAGAAUAUUAUUAGCUACCGAUGUAAUGGCACUUUUUGCAACAAACGUAUCUUGUGUGUAUUUGUUAUCGUGGGUUAUUCUUCAUGAACAAUUUGUUGGAGUAAGGAUAGUAGCAGUCAUUUUAUGCAAUACUGGAAUUGCACUUUUAGCAUAUAUGGACGGCAUAACUGGAAGUCCAACUUUAGGAGGUGUUGUUUUAGCAACAUCGGCAGCAGCUGGUUCAGCAGUUUAUAAGGUGCUGUUUAAGAAAGUCAUAGGGGAAACAACAUUUGGUCAAAUGUCUUUAUUCUUUUCACUUAUUGGAUUGUGCAAUGCGGCAUUAUUGUGGCCAAUUUGUUUAGCUCUUUACUUUUCGGGAGCGGAAAGCAUACAAUGGGGACGAUUACCAUGGACGGCAUUACUUUUGGCAAGCAUUUUGCAUUUAAUUGCAAACAUGCUUGGUAACUUCAGUAUUGCUUUGACCUAUGAUCUAUUCAUUACAUUAGGAUUGAUCACCGCUGUACCUGUAUCCGCAGCAUUGGAUGUUCUUUUAUACGGAGCUCAUUUUAUGGGCAUGAAAUUGGCAGGAAUGAUUUUUAUAGCAGUUGGCUUCUUUCUCGUGAUGUUUCCAGAUAAUUGGCCAGAUUAUAUAACCAGACUACUCCGAAACAUAGUCCUCAUGAGUCACAGUUCGAGGUCCUCGCAGGAAAUAACGAAAAUACUGAUGAAAGGGAUUAAUAUAUGCAGUACCACGGGUGGACAGCAGCGAAGGAGCACUUUUGCUAGAAGCCGGUAUUCCUCAAUUCAACAACGGCAAUAUCGGCUACGAAGCUACGGUGUUUCAUCGGCUUAUGGUGAUGGCCAAAUGUUACUGCCAAUGAACAGCACUAACAGCAAUCAAGUUAACAGCAGCCAGUCAAGCAGCGAGAUGCCGAUGACAACGUGCGCGAAUCUGACACAUCGGCACAUUAACUCAUCCCAGCAGAACAACACGGGUUCCGAAUCCCAACGUCGCCGAAUCCCUAUUUCCAUUACGACCUCAACCUCAACUCCGAUUUCAACUUCCAUCAUGACAACUAUCUCGACUUCGACCUCGACCUCAACCUCGAUCACAACCUCGACCGCGACGAAUAAUCAUCAACGUUCCCAUCCCCCUGGCCUUCAGAACUAAUGACAAGAUGGAGCAGAAGACAUGGACACGGAGUAUCAGGAAGUACGCAACGUGACGUAAUUGAUUAUCGUACUGGCUAUAUAAAAUCACAUCUUCGUUCUCCUUCAGGAAGAGUUCGGUGACUACGAAUACUAUCAUUUCAGGUAGAAUUAAUUUGCCAAAA